AUGGUGUUCCUGUCCUAUACAGUGGAUGAUCUCCUUGGAGGCGAUCAUGGACCUGACAUGCUUGCUUUAACCACUACUUUCUUCCUCUUUGAGUUCUUGGCUGCCACGCAGGAUGUAGCUGUGGAUGGCUGGGCUCUCACUAUGCUGUCCAGAGAAAAUGUGGGGUAUGCGUCCACAUGCAAUUCAGUGGGGCAAACAGCUGGAUACUUCAUGGGUAACGUCCUGUUUCUUGCUCUUGAAUCUAAAGACUUCUGCAACAAGUACUUGAGGUCUACACCACAACCUAAUGGAUUGGUUACUCUUCCAGACUUCUUGUUCUUCUGGGGAACAGUAUUUUUCUUCACUACAACGCUAGUGGCUGUUCUGAAAAAGGAAAACUCUGCAGAAAGAGCUAAUAGAGAAGAGACAGAGAGUGUGAAAGAAGCAUACAGUCUCCUGUUCAGUAUAAUCAGGAUGCCUGCCGUCCUUAAAUUUUGCCUCAUGAUUCUGACAGCAAAGAUUGGAUUCUCAGCUGCUGAUGCAGUUACCGGCCUUAAGCUUAUAGAAAGAGGAGUUCCAAAAGAACAUUUGGCUCUUUUGGCUGUUCCAAUGGUGCCACUGCAAAUAUUAUUGCCCUUACUAAUCAGCAAGUACACUGCUGGACCCAAACCUUUAGAUGUCUUCCACAGAGCCAUGCCUUUCAGGUUGCUUAUCGGUCUAGAAUUUGCCUUUUUAGUUUGGUGGACUCCACACGUAAGCCAUGAAGGAGGCUUCCCUAUUUACUACUAUGCUGCUAUUCUGUUGAGCUAUGCCUUACAUCAGGUUGCGUUAUAUAGUAUGUUUGUGGCAAUCAUGGCUUUCAAUGCCAAAGUGAGCGAUCCUCUCAUUGGAGGAACAUAUAUGACCCUAUUAAAUACAGUAUCCAAUCUUGGAGGCAAUUGGCCUUCUACAGUAGCACUUUGGUUUGUGGAUCAUCUGACAAGUAAAGAGUGUGUUGGAGCAGAAGGACAGAGCUGUGCUGAUCACGACGCUGCUGAGCUGUGUGUAAAACUUGGUGGCACAUGCGUGACAACACUAGAUGGUUAUUUUGUGGAGUCUGUUAUAUGCGUGGUCAUUGGAUUUUGCUGGUGGUUCUUUCUGGGACCCUCAUUUAAGAAACUGCAGGACGAGAGGCAAUCUUCAUGGAAGUGCCAGCGGAGGAGACGCAGUUAUUGUUAG